AUAAAUGUAUUUAACAUAAUCGAUAUCAUUUUAUUUGAAGAGGCUAAAACUUUUGUAGCACUAAAUAAAAUUGCGCCACUGACUGAAUUAGUCAAAAUUAUUAAAUAGACGAAUGUAUGUACUAUCGAGAAAAUUAAAUCUGAGAAUCCGGAAAGCUUUAUAGAUCAUCUUAAAAAAAAAAAAAAAGAAUUGAACGGACAUUGAAGAGAACGCAACACACGAGUCAAAAAUUUCGUGAUACGAUUAGGGAUACAUAUUAUACUAUCUGACGCAAUUUAACUAUCGUAUCGGUUAAAUAUAAAAGCCCGCGCGAGCCUCCCGCUAUCUUAGUAUGUAUUCAAACAUUCUUUAGUACACAGUUCUGCUCGUGCUCCACAAGAGACCGUAUAUUUACACUUUGACUGACUCAAAUUAACAUUCGAUCAUAAUUUCUUGUCCAAACACUGCGCUGUGAAGAUUAUAUAAAAUAUAAUUUCAACGACACUUCAGUGAUUCGAAGCGUAGCAGAUCGAAAAGAAGGACUUUGACUAAUUCUUUAUUUCGUUGUAAUUUGUUCAUUGGUUUUUGAAUUAUAUACCAAGAUGCAUAAGUUCGGCAGAAAAGACAUGUUCAAGAUUGACUACACGCAAUUUAGAACCCAUCUAUCUAAACGAAGGCGCACGGCUGCAACGAGGGAACUGACAAAAAUGGCCUAUUCGGCUUCCAAUAGCGUCAUCUCUCUGGCCGAAGGUAUGCCAAACGAAGAAAUGUUUCCAUUCACCGAGAUGACGAUUAAACUCAACGACGGAACCGAUUUCGUGCUCGAGGGUGAAGAACUGGGUGCUGCCCUUCAGUACAUACCAAGCCAAGGAUAUCCCCCGCUCCUACAGGCUUUCCGAGAAUUCCAAAGAAAAGCUCACAUGCCACCGAAUUGGGAAAAUCGCGAGAUGAUCGUGGUCGCAGGCGGCCAAGACGGAUGCAGCAAAGUCCUCGAAGCUAUAGUCGGGCCCGGAGAACCGAUAAUAACGCAAAAUCCUCUCUAUCCAGGCGUCACCGUGGUGAUCGCACCGCACGAGCCGGAAUUCAUCCUCAUCGACGAGGACGAGGAGGGCAUGAGCGCGAUAAAUCUGCGCCAGAGACUCGAGGAGAGGGUGGCAGCGGGCCUGCCGAUGCCCAAGCUCAUGUACAUAAAUCCGACCGGCAACAAUCCGACGGGCACCGUCAUGAGCCUCGAGAGGCGCCUCGACAUUUACAAGAUCGCCUGCGAGUACAACUUUCUCAUUCUCGACGACGAUCCCUACCACUUCUUGUACUUUACCGAUGAAGCGCCUCGAUCUUUCUUGUCGCUCGACACCGAGGGUCGCGUAAUAAGGGUCGACUCGUUCUCCAAGGUUUUGAGCAGCGGCUUGAGAGUAGGAAUAAUCACGGCGCCGGCUCAGCUUAUACAGAGUUUCGAGCUUCACAUGCAAAGUAGUCAUUUGCACGCUCCAACUCUCUCGCAGGUAAUUUUGUACAAACUACUGAAAAGCUGGGGCUACGACAAAAUGAUGGAUCAUUACCGUAAAAUACGUAAAUUUUACAAAGAUCGAAGGGACACGAUUGUUCAAUUGGCUCGUGAACACUUGGGAGACUUGGUCGAAUUCAACGUUCCUAGCGCCGGCUUAUUUUUAUGGCUCAGAGUACCUGAAAUAAAGGACACGUGGAAAAUGAUCAUGCACCGAGGAGUCGUUCACGGAGUCCUCGUGGCUCCGGGUGCCGCCUUCAUGGUCGACGCGACGCAGCCCUGUAACGCCAUCAGGGCGAGUUUCGCUCGAGCCUCCUACAAAGAAAUGAAUUUGGCAAUGGAACGAUUGGCUUCGCUCAUACGAGAUGAAUUGAAAAAAAAUAGGAAAUUACCCUUGCACAAUAACACGUGAAAGUAGAAAAAUAUCGUAUAUAAGGAAAUUGAAUAAUAAUUAUUCUAGAUAUUCACGAUAAUUAUAAUGACAUGUCAGCUCUGUGAUAUCAAAAUCUUUAGCAGAAAUCGAGUAAAGAAUUUAACUUCGACGCAACUUAUACGACAAAUGUAAAUAUAUUCAAAGAAUCGAUAACUGUGCAGAUUCUCUGAAAGAUUUGACUGCCGAUAACUUACCAAAUGUUGAGGUCACUGACGUACAAAAUAGAUUAUAAGUUAGUCAAACUAACUUAGGAUUUACAAUUUACAAUACAUGUAAAUAAUAUGUAAUAGUAUGCAAAAGUAAUGGAUCAUUCUUUUUAAACCAUGAAAUUGAAUACAUCGACACAUACUAAUUUAUCUAUGUUUAAAUAUUAUGUUUUUAUAUUUUUUUUAAUUUAAAAUGAUUUCAGAAUUAAUAAACUUAAAAAUAAUCUUUUAAACAGAUUGAUUUUCUUUUUUCAAAAAUAAAUAAUCAAAGAACUACAAUUAAAAACCACUCUCUUACCAAUAAAAUCUUUACCAAUAUCAUCAAAUGAUAAAUAAGAAAUCAACUACUCCAAGCUUUGAUUGCAAAAAAUUAAAGUUAAAAAUAACAUAAGAAAACUUGACAAUAUAAUGAGAGUGCUUUGAUCGGAAUUUCAUCGCAGCACACGUGUAUCUAAAAAAUAGUAUUUUUAGCAGAGAAUAUUCCUUUAAAAAAGUAUGCAAUUGUGCAUACAAGAAUGCACAACUAUAAUAUACCUGAAUGAUAAUUUGCCUAUUUAGCUAAUUGGAUAUUUCUCAUUAAUUAAAACAAAAAUUGCAAAUAUUUAGAUAGUUAUUUUUUCAUAUUUUAUCAUCAUUAAUAUUAUUUUAAAAUUCAAUCAGUUCAAGUAUAAUUUAACUACACUGUACGCUUUAUAAUAUCUUCUAUAAUCAUUUUCAAAUAAAUGUUCAAAUAAAUGCUAUUGCGCAGACAAAAUUUAAAAAAUUUACUCGAUAUAUAUUACGAGUAUGCUAAAUAUGAAUUUCACAAUAAAUCAAUAUGUUAAAUCUUUACUAAGUCUGAUAAAUACUUCACGACUGCAUUGAUAACCAAUA